AUGUUAAUUCUAGCACUAGUGAUUUUAACAAUUAUUGUGGCUUGUUAUUGGUAUUUAAUGGCACCGUUAAAUCAUUGGAAAAAACGUGGUAUACCUUAUGUAAAAGGGUAUCCAAUUGUGGGUAACUUCUUUUGGCAUGCAAUUAAGAAAACAUCGAUUGGUGAAGAUUUUAUUCAAGUUUAUAAUGCAUACCCAGAGAAAAAAUUUUAUGGAAUAUUCCUGUUCAGUGCUCCAACAAUAUUAAUCCGUGAUUUACAAAUGAUUAAGGAUAUUUUAAUAAAAGAUUUUGAAAAUUUUGGUGAUCAUUCCAAUUCAAUAUUCUUAGAGGGCAUUAGUCCGAUUAUAGACCGAAAUCUAUUCUCUUUAAAAGGUAGUAAAUGGCGAGAUAUGAGAGCAACUUUAAGUCCUGCAUUUACGGGCAGCAAAAUGCGAAUAAUUUUUCAAUUAAUAACCGAAUGUUGUGAACAAUUUAUUAAUCAUUUUAUGAACGAAAUUAAAAUUAACAAUGAUGGACAACCAUUAAAGGUAGAAUUAAAAGAAAUUUUUACACGACUUACAAAUGAUAUAAUUGCAUCGACAGCAUUCGGUAUUAAAAUUGAUUCUUUAAGCGAUCGUAAUAAUGAUUUUUAUCGAAUGGGAAUAAAAUUAGGAAAUUUUGCAACAUGGCGAAUGUUGUUAAAUACAUUCCUGCCUCAAGUGGCCAGAUUUUUUAAAAUUGGUAUGCUUCCUAGCGAGCCGUUGCAAUUUUUAAGAAAUAUAAUCAUUGAAAAUAUUCGAAUUCGAGAACGUGAGAAUAUUUAUCGACCCGAUAUGGUUCAAUUAUUGAUUGAAGCUAAAAAUGGUUCAUUAAAACAAGAUGAUCCAAAAGAUGAGAUAAAUAAAGGAUUUGCCGUAGUGGAAGAGGCAAAAUUAAUGCAAACAAAUAAAAAAAUUAUUUUAGAUGACGAUGAUAUGGCUGCCCAUGCAUUUGGAUUUUUCCUAGCUGGAUUCGAAAAUAUGUCCAUAGGAAUGAGCUUUGCUGUGUAUGAACUAGCCAUAAAUCCUGACAUACAAGAACAUCUUUUCUUAGAAAAUGAAAAAAUUCUAAAUGAAAAUCAAGGAAAACUUAGUUACAAUGUUUUAAAUGAAAUGAAAUAUUUAGAUAUGGUCAUGUCAGAAACCUUACGAAAAUGGUCUGUUGCUUCGUUUUUAGAUCGUACAUGUAUUAAACCGUAUACGGUUCAAAUGGACGAUGGUAAAGAAAUUACUUUUGAGAAAGGAACAGUUUUAACUUUCCCUGUAUGGGGUUUACACUAUGAUCCAAAAUACUUUCCUAAUCCGGAAAAAUUUGAUCCAGAACGUUUUAGUGAUGAGAAUAAAAAUAAAAUUCAUCCACUUUCGUAUUUACCUUUUGGGGGUGGUCCAAGAGGUUGUAUUGGAUCAAGAUUUGCAGUUAUGGAAUUAAAAAUGGCUGUAUUUUAUAUGGUAAAAUAUUUUGAAAUUGUUCUUAACGAAAAAUCAAUGAUUCCACCAAGACCUUCAACAAAACGCUUGAAUGUAACAUUAGAAAAUGGAUUUCAUGUAACAUUAAAAAUUAGAAAACAAUUGUGA